CGAAAUAUCAAUAAGAACUGUCAAAAAUCGCGCCAAGAAAGGAAAUCCACAAAAACGUUGCGGCAGAAAAAGCUUUGUUUUUAAUUUGUUACAAAAUUCCUUAAAAUGGGUAUUUUGGGUUUAUCUAAGUUAAUUGCUGAUAUAGCACCCCAAGCUGUUAAAGAAAUGGAGAUUAAAAACUAUUUCGGACGAAAAGUGGCCAUCGAUGCUUCUAUGAGUUUAUAUCAGUUCCUAAUAGCUGUGAGAAGCGAGGGAGCACAAUUAACAUCAGUAGACGGUGAGACCACUUCUCAUCUGAUGGGUACAUUUUAUCGCACGAUCAGGCUAGUGGAGAAUGGUAUCAAGCCUGUAUAUGUGUUUGACGGUAAACCACCAGAUAUGAAGUCCCAUCAACUAAACAAGCGAGCGGAGAGGAGGGAAGAGGCUGAGAAAGAAUUGCAGAAGGCUACUGAUGCAGGAGAUCAGGCAUCAAUAGAAAAGUUCAACCGCCGUCUAGUGAAAGUAACGAGGCAGCAUGGUGAGGAGGCACGGGAGCUUCUCAAACUGAUGGGAGUACCUGUAGUGGAGGCACCUUGUGAAGCUGAGGCACAAUGUGCUGCCUUGGUAAAAGCUGGUAAAGUAUAUGCAACAGCUACUGAAGAUAUGGAUGCCUUGACAUUUGGUGCUAAUGUAUUGUUACGUCAUCUCACAUUCUCCGAGGCAAGGAAGAUGCCCGUACAGGAGUUCCAUCUCGAUCAAGUGCUUAAAGGACUGGAAUUGAACCAUACUGAGUUCAUAGACUUGUGUAUACUCCUCGGUUGUGAUUACUGUGGCUCUAUCCGAGGUAUCGGACCAAAGCGGGCUAUAGAAUUAAUAAAACAACAUCGCUCUAUAGAAGAAGUACUUCAUAAUAUUGAUACAAAUAAAUACCAGCCGCCUGAAGACUGGGAUUAUAUUAAUGCUAGGAGACUGUUUGUGGAACCCGAGAUUGCGGAUCCUAAGGAUAUUGAGUUAAAAUGGUCAGAUCCUGAUGAAGAUGGUUUAGUUAAGUUCCUUUGCGGGGAUAAACAGUUUAAUGAAGACCGAGUGAGGAACGGAGCCAAGAAACUCCUGAAAGCAAGAUCUGGUACUACACAGGGCAGGCUGGAUGGAUUCUUUAAGGUAUUAUCAACAACACCGAAUCCUAAAAGGAAAGCCGAAGAAGAGAAGAAGAAUGCAGCGAACAAGAAAGCAAAGACCGGCGGCGGCAGGGGACGGAAACCUAAGUAAAUAAGUUAGUUUUAAGUUAGAAAAUAGUUUGUUAGGUUUCCAUUGUAACAUGCAAAUCAAUAGAAGGAAUAAUGGAUUGAACCCUUAAAUGCAUGAUUUUUUAAAUUAAUUGUAAAAUAAAUAUUUCAGUAUAGGUUUUGAGUCACAGAUAAAGGAAAAAAUAAUUAAAAAUCCUUGGUUUCAAUAAAAACUAUAUUUCUGUAUGUAGCCUUUUGGUAACAAUAUGCAUUUAAGGAUUAAGCGGAAUUAAACAAGCCUAUGUGUUCUUCCAGACUAUGACCACCUCUAACGGAAAAGUCAAAAUGUAUGUCUUGAACUGUUCGUUUUUAUCUGGUCAGUUGAAAAUAGUUUUAUAGUUCAGUUUUAACUACUUUUUUUAAAAGUUUAGUUCAACUGAACCAACUGAAAACUUUCGC